AUGCCACAGCCAAACAGCCUAGUUCGGCUCGGCCGGCAUGGGCGGAACAGCACUGGAGGAUGUCGCAGUCUGGGGGCGCUUGCCAGAAUACCGAGUCCUUUAGUGCGCAGCAAUCACUUGUCUUCACUUCAAGUGAAAUUCAUCUUAUUCUAUCUCGAAGCUGUCUUUUGUAUAAUCAAAAUGUCGGAAGCUAGUACCACACCUGACGCUUUAACCCUCUUGUUGGCUUCAGCCAUCACUUUGGCCAUUUUUGUUCCUCUCACUGGAGUUCUGGUUCGAUUCAGAGCCAAUUACAAUCCUAAAGGACUUCAACUCGAUUCAGAGGGUGGUGCUGCACCCCACACAGGACCAGUGGUGCACUCGUAUAUUGGUAUGAUGAGUCGUGUAUAUCGGCUUGAGGGCUGGGCUGGGCUUUACAAGGGUUUGGUACCUACUGCGUUAAGCACAUUCGCCGUCAGUCUUGUCAUCCUGUUCGCAAUGGAUACCCAAGGUCCACGUCAUGGAAAAUAUAGAGCACCAGAGACAGGGAUUUUAGGAACGCUCUUCUAUAGUCUUCUUAUGCUGGUUAUAUCCUUACCAACAUCCAUCAUUACAUACAGAUCUAUCACAACUCCUCAUAAGCUUUCCUAUUUCAACGCUGUAGGAGCUCUGCGAGUGCUUCUUACGCCAACGGAACGACGUCGCCCUUGGAUUAUCUAUUUGACACCUGGACUUAUGGCUGCCGAGUCACUCCAUGUCUGCAUAAUUGUAUUGUUCCUCGGUCCUAUGCGUCGUAUGCUUCUGCCAGGGUUAUCAGAACGCGGUGUCAUUCUAGGGAAUAUUUCAUUAGUUAGGCUGGUCAUAUAUUUGAUCAUCUUCUGUGGAACAGUCCUGGCCCUUACCCCACUCGAAGUUAUUGCCACCAGACUGGCAAUCCAGAGAAACCAUGCAUCUGCUGAAUACAACUCAGUAUCUCAAGAGGUAGACGGUGAUGCGGAGGAUACAGUAGAGUAUUCAGGAACUGAUGAAGAUGUCAUUGGUCUGAGGCAUGAAGGUGAUCCCUAUCUUGGUCUUGUUGAUUGCGCCAAGCGAAUCAUAGACGAAGAAGGUUGGAUGACAUUGUACCGUGCUUGGUGGAUAACUAUGCUGGGUGGUUUGGGAAGUUCGUUCGUUUAA